AGGUGUGCUCUGUCCACGGCUGUUAAAGCCGGUGACUCAGUCUUCAGCGUUGUCGCCCUAGCACAGGUACCCAUACACCCACACAUAUAUGUUGAUGUGCUGCAGAGGACUCUGCUCUUCCUUCACACACCUUCGCAAUGCUGCGUCUUACCCCGCGCCGCGACUGGCACGUCUCUCGAGUCCUAAACGAAAAGAGCGUCUUUCGGCGAGUGAUGACGCUGCCCCGCGGCAUGCAGCGCUUCGAGCCUUCUUCCCCAGCAACAACAAAGACCUCACACGAACCUGGCAAGGAUCGUGCUACGCCACGCAGCUUAACACCUGUCUCCUCCCCCUCUUCCCAAUCAGCGACAGACACACCGACGACAGGCGUGGGUCGCACACCGUAUCACCCCCACCUACCUCCGUGGCCAGUUGACGCCAUCGAGUUCAACGCCUUGUCAGUGGACGGCGGGCAGGGGGCCCGUAGAACCUGGCUACGAAACAACCCCCAAAACGGUGCCGGCCAGCAUCCACUCAACAUGGUUAAUGGCGCCAACGGCAGUCAUCUUGGGGACGACGGUGGUGAAGGAUGGCCAGAUGCCGGCUUCGUGCCAAAGACAGUUCCGCUCACGCCCGAAGUACGAACGCGCGUGGCGACAGAGGAGGAGAGCCCCGCCGCGCAGGCCGCACUCGCCGUGGGUGGGUGGGUCUGCACGGGAUGCUGGGCCGUGCAAGGCGUGGAUUCAGCCGCCAAGGCGGGGGAGCGCUUAACCGAAGCCAACGAAGCUGUAAGCGAAGGCGGAACGUCAGACGCGAUGUGCGCCGCAGGGAAAGCGCUCUUCCCACGUACGAUUUGUCCAGCGUGCCGCACCCUCCGCCACGACGCCGAGGCCUGGCCGGUGCUCGCCGCACUUCGCACCGAGGAUGCUGACAGGUGUGUGUGCCGACAGUGUGGUGAGGUGAACCGCAACAGCAGCAAUCGCAGUGCUGCGUCAACACACGGACAUGCAAAGACGGAGCACACGGAAACACCUGUGUGCCGCUGCUGUGGUACAGCUUGUACGAGCGAUGCCAGCCGACGCUGCAGUAUCCGCCAAACAGUCGAGGACGAGGUGGCCGCUGGGCCUCUCGGCCACAUUGUAGUCACCCGCAAUCGCACCUCCCGUUGGCGCUGCUGCGGCUGUAAUGAGGUCAACUCGCUGAAACAGACGGAGUGUCGCAACUGCGCGCGGGAGCGAUUUGCCUUGACGGUGUGCUGCCCGAGCUGCGAGACACCGCGUGUCCUGACCAACGCGCUUGUCUACGGCUACCGAGCAGGCACGAGCACCACGACGCAAGGCGCAACGCUCUCAGCAGACGCACAGCCGUACGUGGCGCCGCCAGUGUUCUCGCUGCUGAAUUGCUACCACAUGGGAUCUACACAGGUAAUGUGCCAGCAGUGCGGCAGCUCCCUGCACGGCGGCGUCAUUCGCUCCUUCACGCACGGCUCAACACCGUGGUGGUGCGCCUGUGGCGUGAUGAACCCAACCCAGGCGUACAGCUGCUGCCGCUGCCGGCUGCCCCGCACCGUGUCGAAGCCGUCGCUGCUGACCGCGCUGCUGCGUGGUGUGGUGACGGCUGAUGCCUCCCUCCCCCAUUACGACUUCGCGACGUGCACGAGCUGGUUGUGCGACAGCUGCGAUGGCGUGAAUCACGCUUCCUAUCAAGUCAUCACGGAGCGAGAUGAAGAGGCGUGCACCGCUUCCUCAUGUUCUGCCGAACAAGGCUCUUCCUCGCCAUGCCCUACCAAACGAAAAUCGCGUGCCUGGGUGGAUGCCGGGGAGGUGGAGUGCGGGCACUGCGGUGCGCCGUGGCACUAUCAGCGGCUGCAAAACGGGGAGUGGUGGCGCUGUGCCUGCCACGCAUUGAACAAGCGAGAUAACACGCUGUGCACGAGUUGCGGGCUGCCCGCGCUGGGCCGCGUUCAAGCAAUUGUACUGUCGUCAUGGUCGCGAGGGGACUGGUGGUGCUUUGCCUGUAGCACCCACAACUACCGCGAGCGCAUGCGCUGCCGAUGCGGUGCGUGCCGUCCUCCGUCGGGAUAA